UUGUCACGACAUGUCUUGACAGAUCGGCUUAGGCGAUGUUCAUUGCAGUGUCCGUGACUGUACACACCCCUCCUAUGCCCCCCAAGUCAAUUGAUAAUAGGUUCCGCAUUUUGGUUAAGACUAUGCACUUAAACUACAGUGAUAACGAAGGAAUCAUAUUGCGUAGAUCACCUCGUUAUACUAUAGGUCUUGCACUAUAUGCCAAACUCUCAAAUAUCGCUAGAUGGAGCAAUUCUGUUGUCAAUAAUACUCGAGGCGAUCAUCUAUGGAUUUUCACUGCUCAUGUUCGCAGGAACCAUCUGGGCUUUGAUGCGCCGGCGUAAAGGACGUCCUGCGUAUGUUACCAAAGUCAUGUUCACCAUCGCAUGCGCCUUCCUCGUUCUAAGUACUGUGCAUCUCGUGUUGGAUAUCAUGCUGCUCUGGAAAGGUCUAAUAAGAUAUCGCGACACUUAUCCGGGAGGUCCUAGUCAAUUCUUCACGACCGCGGAACCGUCGAGCAUCGCCACAAAAGCUGUGCUAUACACUCUGCAGACGAUGCUAGGUGAUGGGGUCGUUAUAUACCGUUGCUAUAUUAUCUGGCAAUCAUGGCGUGUUGUAAUCGUCCCCACUAUAUGCUGGUGCGCUGUUGCUGCAACUGGCUUUGCUUAUGUCGCAUCAUCUGCCAUAGCACUAAGACAAAGAUCUGUCAACUACACCUCUAGUAUUUGGGUUAUUGCAUUUUAUGCGAGCUCGCUAACCACCAAUAUCCUCAGUACAUCUUUGGCAGCAUAUCGUAUCUGGGCUAUCAGUCGUCAAACUAGUGAGCUCCGCUCUGGAAGUAGCAACCUGUGGCCUAUUUUCCGCACCAUCCUGUAUGCAGGCUUCCUGUGCAUCGCUACACUCCUCCCUGCUCUCAUAUGCGAGGUCUCGAAAAGUGAAGGAAUCUACAUAGUCUUAAACAUGAUCAUGCCCAUCAUUUCCAUUACUUUCUAUAUGGUCAUCAUCCACACCACUAUGACACUGCCAGCAUCCCUUGGCGGUGUGCAAUGCACCAGCCCCUCGUCAGUAGUGACAAUAGGCCGUCUUUCCCGAAAUCGAAGAUAUCCCCCAACAUGGCAUACACGCUCACCGAGCCCAAGAGUUCUCGAUAUUUCACGCAACAACAAUGAAACGCCUGUCAUUUCUGACAAGGCCAACGUAAUAUGUCAGAUUUGAGCGCUUUGAGCGCUUGCGGUGUAAUCAGUCUGAUGAGUAGCACUGAUUUUUUGCGUUAUGCACUGCUGCUAGAUGUCACAUAACUUAAUAUCAUUAUAGCUGAGUUAACAAUGGCUCGAUUUUCUCUGUGACUCACAUUUGCUGAGUUGGACGUGAUGUUGCAAGUAGAUGUAACCAUAGAAUAGUCUAGUUUUUUCUGCAAAUGAUGCACACUGUGUAGGCGGGUUUGUUGG